AUGCAGCGUCCUGGCAAGAGGAGUCUGCCCCAGGCCAACAUUUAUACAUUCAAACUUGGCGCGCCUGUUACCUGCGACCCAACUAAUCAUGAAACUGUCUCUGCUGAAGCAACCGCCGGUGGGCAAGUCCCGCCAGGGCGUGUUCUCAACGAUGCUACACCGGUGGAAUGGCGCAGGGGUGGCGAAAUUGCAGAUAUAUCUCUGUCGCUAGACCAACCUGAACUUCCGAGCUACAUCGCACGUCUUCCUGGUGGGCUUGACCGCGAUGUCCUGCAGCUGCUACUGCGCAGGGGAGCCCUUACCAUUCCCAGCAAAACGAUGAUUGAUGAGCUGCUGAGAGUAUUUAUCUGCUACGUAUAUCCUUUACUACCAGCUCUGGAUCUGGGCAGUUUCCUCGGCGCAAUAGACGGUACAAACAGCGACAGCAUCAGUCUGGUGCUGUUUCAAGCUGUGAUGUUUGCAGGAGUCACCUUUGCAGAUCUGCCUCAUUUGCAACAUGAGGGUUUUCAAAGUUAUAACGACGCCCGGAAAAUCUUCUUCAACCGGGUAAAGCUCCUGUAUGAAAUGGAUGUCGAAUCAAACCCUACGACGCUGAUCCAGGUACUGCUUUUUAUGACUUACUGGUACGGUCAGCAGAAUGAUACAAAGGGCCGAUUUUACUGGCUGCGAACUGCUUUCUCUUUGGCCACUGAUAUUGGCUUGGAUAGGCAACACCAGUUUUCAAAUCAGCCGGACCGGCAGCGAAUGAGGCGAAAGUUAUGGUAUUGCUGUCUAAUCAGAGACAAACUUCUAUCCAUAACGGAACGGCGGCAAACUGCUCACAGUUGCGGCGGUGGGAACCCCGAGAUCGUCGAUCCAGAUGACUUCGAUGAUGCGGCUUUCACUCAGGCAUUGAAUAAGUACUAUAUGCUUGGCUGCGGGAUUGAGGCAACAAGCAUGGGUCGAUUAUGCGCACAGAAGGUCAAGUUGUGCCUUAUCAUUGGACGUAUUCUCGAUUCGCAAUACGAAUUGAGCGGCGUACGAUUCGUCGAUUCAAGCGACCCGUUCAUGGUCCUGAUACCGAAAAUGAAAGUCCUCAGCACCGAAGCAGCUGCUCGGGACCAAGAGCUUCGCGAAUGGUCUGCGGAGACGGCUUCUAUAAGAGAGGCAGCCUUGGGACAGGAUCAUCGCCGCAAUGGGAGAGUGCUAGGCUUACAUUCUGCAACCCUCGAACUGCUAUAUUUGACUGCGCUUUGCGCCGUCCACCGCCCGGUGCUCCUCCAUGAACAACCAAAAGGCUCUGCUGCUGAAGCUUUAAAAAGCUUCUCCCGAUACUCUCUUCGAUCUUCUGCGCGACGAAUCUCGGAAAUAACCAGACAUCUAGAGGAGAGCCAUCUCAUACAAUUUCUGCCACCGCUGGCGGUGGGAGCCUUUAUCUUGGCAUCUAUCCAACACCUCAAAGAUGCUCUAUCUGCAGAGGCAGAGCUUCGAGGCACUGGAAACUUGUAUCUCAGGCAAACUCUCCAAGCAUUCGCAGCAUUAAGGCCAAAGUACAACUCCGCAGAUUGUGCAAUCGCUUUCAUAGAGCGUGUCAGAAGCGGCAAACUCCCCUAUCGGACUUUCGAGUGGGAGGAUCGAGCUAAUUCCCAGACGCCCCAUGAUGAACAUACGAUGAUCCGCGCAGAUGAGGAGCCGGAUACCACCAUCAUCGCACAGAUACACAUAGACAGCAAUCCUUCGCCGUUUGUUACACAGAACCCCAAUGUGAGGUUGCAAAAGGACGUCAGGUAUCAUCCCUCCGAUAUGUCUGGCAGCUCGUUCGGAAACGACGAGGACUUCAAUAUUCCCUACUUUCGAUCAUCCAAUCUCGAGGCCAUUUCCGACUUGCUACUGUCGGCCCCGUUUGAUGCUAACAAUAUCGACUGGGCACAGAUGCACUGGCAUUAUGUCGAUAAUAUAGAGACUUGA